AUUUUUUCUUUCUUUCGAGGAAAAAAAAACUUGCAGACCCCAAAACUUUUGAAUGUUAAUAUUACAAUAAAUCAACUAAUAAAUCCAAUCAGUUGAAAGUAAGAGACACCAUGACUUCCCAUGAAAUGUCUUGAAAGAACUGUUUAAAAUGUGUAUUUUUUGACAGUUUGAAAAUGUAUUUAUUUACAUUUUUAAUGAACAUAUUUGAUUAUUUCUUUAAGUAACACUCCUAGUCUUUUGUGUGUAACUAAUAAUUCAUUGCAUUUUACCAAAUAUUUUUGACACUUUUUUUUUUUUUUUUUUUUUUGAAUUUCAUGGUUUUGUUAAUUCUGUAACUUUUGAAAAAUUGGGAAAAAAAACAAAAAAAAAACAGGUUCUGUUAAGAGUGAAUUGUUAUACCCCAUCCUUUUAGUGGCCCUUGGUUUAGAAGUAUGCGUUCAUAAAAAUAAUGAUAGGUAACUGCUUAAUUGUUUGAAGCUAUUAUUAAUUGUCCAUACUUGUUUGCCUGGUGAAUAUAGCUUUGAAUUUUGAAAUUGAGUUGCUUGCUAUAUGUGAAUUGUGAGAGGUUUCGUUUGCUAAAACAUUAGAUGCUUUAGCUCAGUGUUUCUCAACUCCAGUACUAAGGACCAACCUACCAGAAUGUUCUAGAUGUCUCGCUAAUUAAAACCUGAUUCAGCUUCUUAAGUGUGUUGAAUAGGGAGACAUUUAAAGCAUUCUGGGAGGUGGGUUUCCAGUGGUUUAGCUCACAGGAACUCUGUCAAGUUCAAUUAAUAAGGUACAGAUUUGGUGUCCCUUUUUAAUUUUUUAACCCUUUUAAAUUUUUGUCCCUCAAAUUUUUUAACACUAUAAUGCCGCAAAGCCUUUAUUCUGUUGAGUGAGAUGUAUUGGGUGUUAUCUAACAUAAAAAAUUGCACAAAAUGUCCAGCACCUCUAAUGUCUGUACACAAGUUUUUAGUCAUAUUGUUGCCUAUAUUAGUUAAGCUCAAUUCUUCAGUCAAAAAAAAAAAACAUUGAAUUAAUGGGAAGUAUGUUAUGUAUUUAUAUUUUAUUAAGAUUAUUAUAGAUUAUUAAGAUUAUUAUAUAUUCAUUUACAUUUACAUUAUAACUCAAAAUAACAGAUCAAAACUAGCUGGCCACAAUUGUGUGAUGAUGGUGUAAUUUAGUAUUUGUAUACAUUUUAUUUGCUUAAUUUGUUUAGCUAUUGUUUAUUGGCAAACAUAAAAUAACACUAAUCAAAGUUUUAAACUAGACAUGUGCCACAACCGCAUACAAAAUGAAUAGAAAAUAAAAAAUUUAGUUUUCCUUCCUGAAGAAGAUGGCUAAGUGUCUAGUUUCACUGACCAAGAAACAUUCAAUCACUUCAUUUUAAGUAGUUUCAAGCCCUAUUUUUGUACCCUUUUCAUGCAAAGUGUAGAUUAUGCAACAUGCAUUCGUAAGCAGAGUAGACUACAGGGUAUGAGGUGAAAGAGUGAGGUCUUCUCAAGUCUACUGUGCAACCACUGGCUAACCACUUGUUUCUUUCACUGUAAACAUCCGUAUUUAUGAAAAACAUGGUAUCUAAGAGAGCUUCCCUCUUGCCUGAAAUGCUUGUCCUCGUGACUUGGUUUUGGAUGGCUUACUACGUUGAUUAAUUUGGUUUCUGUAUGUUUUUUCUGUGUUGAUUAUGUGUGCAUAUCAGAUGACUAGAGUGACCCAGGCUACACUACUACACUAGCCUGACUCAAGGCUUUGUUUUCCAAGCCACUAUACCCGCCGGGGCCCACGCUGCCUUCAAGGGGGGAAUGUGACCAGGAGCGUAGCCGCUGAACCUUCCGAGAUGGACACCUUGUCUCUUUUUAUUUUAUUUUAUUUUAUUUUCAUUUCCUUUUUUUUUUUUAUUUCUCUCUCAUGUUGUCCCUUUUUUGCCUCUUAGAAGAGUUGCAUAUUCAUUGUGUUGUUUUUCUUUUUUUCUUUUUUUUUUCUUUUCCUGUCCCCUUGUCCCUCGUCCCCAAUCCCACAGUUGCACCCUUUGCCUGUCUUUGAAAGCUGUCCAGGUUGACUUGACGCCCAGUAUUGGAGGGAAGUUUGAACGGUACAAGGGCAGCUGUUACUGAUGUCUAAUGCAUUAAGAUCUCCUCCUCUCUCUCUUUCUCUCGCUCCUCUCCACUGAUCUGCUCAGGGUUUUACUUUGGAAAAUAAUAUAUUUUUUCAUCAAUAUAACCACACAGUGCCUCACAAAAGUAGUCAGACAUCAAUUUUCUGUUUUUACUGAAUUAUGCUUACUGAAAUACAAAUUUUUCUUCGUAUUUCAAAGCAUAAAAGUAAUUGUCAGAUAUGUCAAGAAAAUAUUCUUAAAUAUUCUUAAAUACUUAGUUAUUCUUAUUAUUCCUAAAAUACUUUUUGCAUCAAUGACAGCAUUAAAUUUCAUCUUUAGUUGAUAAUUUCACCUCGUUUUUGGCAUUGCUGUCCUGCCAAAGGAAAAAUAAGCUUCAGUUUUUAAGUUGAAACGAAACAUGCAUAUUUUCUAGGGCUGCAUGAUAUAUUGAAAUAAAAUUGACAUUACGAUAUGGCUUAGUGCGAAUAUCAAAUAGCAAAGGUUGCGAUUUAAUUAAAGCAAAUAAUGUGCUAUGGAUUUCAGAGUGAAGCGCAACACUGUUUAUUUACACGAUGGUUUGAAGCCCGAUGGUUUAACAUUCAAAAAUGAAGAAAUGAAGAUUUAAAUAUUAGAAUUGUAAAUUAUACAGAUGUACUAUAAAAUUUUUGGUUAAUUUUUAUGAAAAGUAUUAAGAAGUUUUAUUUUAUGAAAUACUCAUAUAAAAUUAUUGCAAUAUAUUUUGUAAUAUUCUUAAUUAAUAUUAAAUAAGUAAUUAAUAGACAAUUCUUAAUUAAUUCUAAUUUAGUAAUAUUCUUAAACAUCACUAAAUCAUAAUAAUUAUUAUUUAAUAUAUCAAAAAGGCAGGAAUAUGGCCUUUGAAAACUCAAGGAAAGAGAUUUUAAACUUGUGUAAUCUUUAAGAACAUUCUUGAAUUUUAAGAUUGUUAACCCCCACCCCAAUUCAGCCCUAAAAGGAUGGUUCGCAUAAAAAAAAAAAAAAAAAAAUAAUAAUAAUAUUCAGCUUUUUAAAAUUAUUUUUAUUUUCUAAGCUAAUGUAAUACACUUCUCUAAAAAAUCACCCCAAUCAUUGUAGAAUUAUUAUCAUUUUUAAAUUGAGCUGGUUUAAAUUUAAGUCAUCUGGUGAAAAUUCCUGUAUUUUUUAUAUUGCAAAAAAUAUCACGUCAGUUUUUUUUCCAAUAGCGUGCAGCCCUAAAAUUUUCUAACAGUGCCAGUAUAGGAUCUGUAAUUCAGUAAAAUGACAGAACUGCUAGUAGUGCGUGUUUAGAAUUCCUUAUUUUUGCAAGGCACUGUUGUUCAGUUCACUGUAAUGAAUUAGAACAGUUCUUAUUAAAAAGCUCACACCAUUGCAUGGUUUUGGGGAACUUUAGAGUAAUACUGAAGUGGCUGAACGUCAUAUUUGAGAUUUUAAUUUAGUUCUUCACUCUGUAUAUCACAGACAGAUAUACAAACAGUUUACCCAUGACUACUAUAAUCACUGUAAGCACAGAGCAUGCGUAUAUAUAUAUUUUGUACCAACACUGGCUAAAACGUAUUUGGAAAAAUGACAUUUGUUGUUAACUUUAUUGUGAAGGCAACACUUUUCAGGGGUGACAGUUUGAGGGGGGAAUUCUCAAAGACACUUAAAAUGUUCUUCUUUUCUGUAUCUGAUGUUCUAUGUGCUAUUAGUGUGAUGCAGCCAACAUGAACGGUUGUCUUGUGUUGCACACCCUUUCCAACACUGCGACACGAUCGCCCCAGGGAGAAAAGCGCCCAUGCUUGAUAUCGUAUGGUUCAUGACCAAAAUGUUUCCAGUUCAGGAAAAAUCCCGGAAGAGGCAAAGGCGCUCUCGCUUUUGGCCCCUGCCGCACCCGUAGCCAGCCUGAUGAGUGGAGGAGGACUUCUGCCCAUUCCCAGCCCUGCUACGCUACAGAACCGAAGUCUUCCUUUAGCUAAUCUGGGAGUCCUGAAGUCUAGUUUGGACACGUCUGUGGCGGCUCUGAGUGCAAUCGCUUCGCAACCUCCGCUCAUGGGUAAUGUUGAUCCCUCUAAAAUUGACGAGAUCAGGAGGACGGUGUAUGUCGGCAAUUUGAAUUCACAGAGCACCACAGCAGAGCAGCUCCUCGAGUUCUUCAAGCAGGUGGGAGAUGUGAAGUUUGUUAGAAUGGCGGGAGAUGAAACACAACCUACACGUUUUGCUUUUGUGGAGUUUUCUGAUCAGGAAUCAGUGGCACGAGCACUUACAUUUAAUGGAGUCAUGUUUGGUGAUAGGCCACUCAAAAUUAACCACUCCAAUAAUGCCAUAGUGAAGCCUCCAGAGCUCACGCCACAAGCUGCGGCCAAAGAGCUGGAGGACGUCAUGAAGAAAGUUCGAGAGGCUCAGUCAACCAUUGCUGCUGCCAUUGAGCCAGACAAUAAAAAUCGCUCAUCCAGUAGAUCCAGACAUUCCAGAAGGUCAAGAACUCGCUCUCGCUCCCCGUCACACUCACGAAAAAAGCGAUCCAGGUCAAGGCACAGGGGACGCCCAUCCCAGAGAUCACGGCAGAGGGUGAACGACUCACGUGGGUCCCGUAGGAAACGCUCACGUUCCCGAGAAAGGAAACACAGCCGGAGUCGAUCUCAUUCCAGGGACCGAAGGAAGGACAAGGACGGUAAAGUUAGGAAGGGCGAUGACUGGGAUGAAAAGAGGUUGCGGGACAAAAAGGGAAGGACGCCUUCCAAAGGCUACGUUGGCUCCAGACGUUCCCGCAGUACAAGCAGACAUAAAAAAAGAAGUAGAUCUCGAUCCAGGUCACCAAAGCGAAGCGCCAGGUCACCAUCACCAUCAAAAAGGUUUACUGUAGGCAAGAAAGAUAAAAAGAGAGAUAAAGGAUGGGACAGUAGCAGGGGAAGGAUGGAGAGCUCAACGUCCAGGAGGAAAAGCAGGGACUCUGACCAUAAAUCUAAACCCUCACUGAUGGAAAGGAGCUACGAUCAGGUGGACCAGGAGUAUGACAGUGACAUGGACGGGUCAGGCUCUUUGGGUAGUGAUGACAGAUCUCCUCGAGCUCAUCUCAACGGCAGCUACAUAAGCACUUACGCUGAGGAGGAUGAUCUCUCUCCAGCUGAGUGAUCAACAUGUACCCAUAAUGCCAAGUACAGUGAUGAUGUGUCUGGAGAGCACAGCAUCAUGUAUCAUACUGUAACAACUGUCUCACUUUUUAAAGUGCUUUCCCUUGCGUCCAUUGCUGUGUGAUUGUAGGCUUUUGAAAACAUUUUCUACUGCUGUGAAUAUGCUACCUGUCAUAUGAUAUUCAUAUGGAUGAAAAUGUAAAGUUUUGGAUAGAUCUAGACUGUGCGGAGAGAUUCGGUAUGUUGAACGGAGGUGCUUGUAUUCAGGUCACUUUUUUAAUCCGUUUUGCAUUUGUUUUCUUUUGCAUGUCUCUUUGUGUUUACACUUUUGUGGAAAGAUAUAAUUUUAUGCUAUUUUGUGUGGUUUUUUUUUUUUUUUCUGGUCCAUCUUACUAAAACAAAGCCAUUAUUAUUAGUGUAAAUAAAAAAAAAAAAAAGAAGUCAUGUUUUACCUCAAAAUCAAAAUGAUAUAUUUUGCAUAAAGACAAUGAAGCCUAUUUUUAGGAUGUUUAUUUGUGAUUAUUUUCAUGACAUUUAAGCACAAUUUCCCCAGAAUUCUCAUUGCUAUGAUGUAAAAUGCCACAGAUGUUUUUGUUUAAUUUAUUGUGCGUGUGUAAGUGUGUGUGUGUGUGUGUGUGUGUGUGUGUGUGUGUGUGUGUGUGCUGAAAAGUGGAAAUGGGUUUGAUUAAUUGUCAUGAAAAUAAUGGCAGAAGUUGAUUUUGGGGUACCUUGAGAUUCACUCUUUCUACCUGGUCUUUUCCAUCAUUUCUGUUUACUAAAUUAAAAAACAAAAAUGCAAUUAGUACAUGUGUAAAAUAACACUCCCAGUGAACUGUGCAGAAGCACAGUGCAUGUUAAAAGUGCCUAGACAGAGACUGCGUGGCAACAGAAUAUUUAACACCUGUGUAAAUCAAGUCCAAAGGGGUUAUUUAUCUAGCAUUAUAGCAAAGCUUGUGUAAAAUGCAUAGUUUUAUCUUUAUUUUUUAACAGUAUUUUGUUUGAACCAGUGUAUACAAAGACCUACAGUAAUCUCUUCAUACAAGUAUUGUUGUGUGGCAUACAGUAUAUUCUGAUGUUUUAAUAGGUUUUCUAAGAAGCCUUUACCGAUUGAUGAGCACAGUAAAAUUAUUAACAGUGGCUGCUGUCUCAUUAACUACAAUAUAAAACUUCUGAAUAUUAUUUAUUUUUUAUAUUAAGUCUUAUUUGUUCAGUCUAAUUUUGUAAGUGGGUAUAUAUAAUUAUAUACAGUACUUGUUAGCAGCAGAACUAAUAUGAAUAAGAACGAAGUGACUCAAUUAUAUUGAUUUGUGAGCGGUGUGAUUCUGUUCAUCUGUUUAGAUAUACAUGUAUAAAAGAUUUUCCCUAACAUAACAUUGACAUUAAAGAGGUUAUACUUCCAA